AUGUAUUACGCUGCGUUAAGUUUCCUUACUCCAAAUAAAUCUCAUCAUCAGCAGUCACCAGUCGAGCAAACCUGGUCCGGAAAGCUCCCAAUCAGUUAUCAAAAGACAAUGAUUAGUCGGACAAUCCUGGCCAAGGGGAUGUUUCCGGGCAGCGUGUUCUCUCGGGACACCGCCACAUAUCAGAACACAUUGGACUCACGACCAGGUUAUGUUCCCCAGAAAAUCACAUUCAUAGCCAAGAUGAAAAAGCUCAAAAAGCUGCCUCAACAUGCCGAAUUUUUAUCGAUCAUUGGAAUUUAG